AUGAUUACACAGUUGAGGCCUUUUGAGUGCACACAGUUUUAUAUGACUCUGACUUGGCUUCUCGUCGUGGGUAGCAUGCUGGUGUUUAGCUUGGCAGGCAGAAAUGAGAAUCCAAAUUGCAUAGAAAAGGAGAGGCAGGCUCUUCUCAGCUUCAAACAUGGCAUCAUUGACACACAGAACAGCCUUUCUUCAUGGAACAGUGAAGAUGGGAAUUGCUGCAGAUGGGUGGGAAUCAGCUGUGACAAUGAAACUGGAUAUGUUGUCACACUUGAUUUGGGAUGUACAUUAUUUUGCAAUCACCUUCUUGCAGGUGAGUUAAGUCCUUCCUUGCAUGAACUCUCAUAUUUGAGUCAUCUUGACCUCUCUGGGAAUAAUUUUACUGCAAACAUUAUUUUUAUUAAUGAGUUGGGAAAUCUUUCCAACCUCAAAUACCUUGAUCUCAGCAGUAAUGCACAGCUGAAAGUUGAAAGUUUGGAAUGGGUUUCUGGUCUUUCUUCUUUAACAUAUUUGGGCAUGAAUAAUUUGGAUCUUAGCUCCAUUGCUGCUGAUUGGGUUGAGUCAAUUAAGAAGCUUCCUAUGCUACAAAACUUACAUUUAAGUCACUAUAUCUCUUGUAAUGGAAUCAGAGACUUCAUUCCUGACUGGUUUUGGGAUUUGUCUGACCAAUUGCGAUAUCUAAAUCUAUCUUACAACAGCCUCAGUGGUACGCUUCCGAACACAACGUUACACCUCGAGCAUAACUGCCAGAUAGACCUUAGUUACAAUGAGUUUGCUGAUGCAUGGUUAGCAUAUGUAGACAUCUCUGACAAUCUUUUAUCAGGAAAGUUGCCUGAGUGUCAUAUGAAUUUCAGUAACUUGUUUAUUCUUAAUCUGGCAAACAAUAACCUUUCUGGGAAAAUUCCCAGAUCAUUAGGCUAUUUAGAAUCCCUGACAUCACUAGAUCUAAGCAACAAUAGUUUCAGUGGUGAGUUUUACCACUACAUCCUUAGCACUGAAGAUAAUGAGUACAAAUUUGAAGUUGAUUACAGAGAUGGUGCCUGGUUUGCCUUGAAGGGAGUGAAGGCUAAAUAUGGUAAUAUCCUUGCCUUGCUUAAACUUAUUGAUUUAUCUGCAAAUCAACUAACAGGGCAAAUUCCUGAAGGGCUUACGAGUCUAUACGAGCUGGUUUCGUUGAACCUAUCAAGAAACCAUUUCAGUGGUAACAUCCCUGAGAAGAUUGGGCAGUUGACACAAUUAAAUUCUUUGGACUUGUCCAAUAACCACCUUUCUGGUAGAAUUCCUAUAAGCCUGGCCAAUAUAUCCUUUCUUGAGUACCUGGAUUUGUCAAACAACGAGUUGUGUGGCGCCAUUCCAAAGGGCACUCAAUUGCAGAGCUUUGAUGCUUCCAAAUAUGCAGGGAAUCCACAACUGUGUGGACUACCAACCCUGAAUAUGUGCCCUGGAGAUGAAAUCCUUCCGAGAUCACCAGGCACUCAAGGGAAUAAUAAGCAUGAUCACUGGAAGGAGAAUAUGGGUUUCUACAUCAGUUUAAUCUUUGGAUUCAUCAUUGGAUUUUGGGGAGUGUGUUGGACAUUGCUACUCCCAAGUUCUUGA